UUAAGGUUCUGUAGCCCGAGAAGUGACCGGAGUCAGCCGGCAGCCCAUAUCCACCUCCCCACAAACCCCCCUACACACCGGCCACAGGAGAACCGCGUGGGUCUGAACGACCAGGAAUAGAGAGUACUCAGAGUAAUGUCAGUAUUACCGUCGAACACACAAGUUACAGACUACUUUAGGUGCUGAUAGUCGUUGAGACGUUUCGACCGAGUCCUCUGCGUAGUGCGGAAGAGGAGGACUGCCUCAGACUCAGACCCUGCAGCCGAUUAGACAGAAAUAGACGCGAUGCCUCAGAAACAGAAGUCUCGGUCCUGGACGGAGUUGAAACAAGCUGGAAAUGAAUGUUUCAAGACAGGCCAGUACGGAGAGGCCACCACUCUCUACAGCCAGGCUAUCAAAGAGCUGGAGAGGCACAGUAAAAAGAACCCAGAGGAUUUGGGCAUUUUGUACUCAAAUCGUGCAGCCAGCUACCUGAAGGACGGCAACUGUAGCGAAUGUGUGAAAGACUGCAAUAUGUCUCUGGAGUUGUUCCCGUUCAAUGUUAAGUCUCUUCUCCGUCGCGCCGCCGCUUUAGAAGCUCUGGAGCGUUACAGGCACGCUUACGUAGACUACAAGACCGCUCUGCAGAUCGACUACAACAUCGCAGCGGCGCAUGACGGCACCAACAGGAUGACGAAGGCGCUGACAGAGGCAGAUGGUCCAUCAUGGAGAGAAAAGCUUCCUCCCAUCCCCACCGUUCCUCUGUCAGUCAGAGAGAAACUGUCCCAAAAAUCUACUGCCAGCGCUGCACAACCAAACCAACCCAAACCUGCACCGCAGCAGAACGGCACCAGACAAACAAACAAACCCGCUCCCAGUGAAAAAGAAAUCAAGAAAGCCCAGGCUCUGAAAGACGAAGGCAACGCCCUGGUGAAGAAAGGAGAGCAUAAAAAAGCCAUCGAGAAGUACAGCCAGAGCCUCAAACACAACCCCGCUGAGAUCACAACCUACACCAACCGGGCGCUGUGCUACCUGUCAGUGAAGCAGUACAGAGACGCCAUCAGAGACUGCGGCGAGGCUCUGAUGAUCGACAGCAGCAACGUCAAGGCUCUCUACAGGAGGGCUCAGGCUCACAAGGAGCUCAAGGACACAAAAGCCUGUGUGGACGACCUCAACAGUCUGCUCAAAGUGGAACCAAAGAACACGGCCGCCCUGAAGCUGCUGCAGGAGGUGCAGAAGAAGAAGUGACGAAACAACCGAGGACUCCGGAGACAGCGGUAAGGAUCUGUCACCGCCCCGCCCCCCCCCCCCCUACCCCCCACAGAGAGAGGAGAGAGAGAGGAACACCAAUCUGAUGUUUUUUAAUAAGAGUCAGACGGCGGAAAACAGCCGAGCGGUGGCACGAUCCAACUGCUCCGAGACUGUGUUUCCCAAAAGCUCCCUUCCACUGAACACGUAUUUGAUCCGUUGACUCUCACCGGAACAAACAUGAGCUCGGUCUCGAGACGCUUCUGGGAAAACGCAGUUCCGGGUUGGCGGGAACCACCGAGGGGUUGUAUCGGGAAUGAAGAGGCGCCACCACUUUCAGCCCUGAGAUUGUUUGAAUUUUACCAGUUUUACUGUUUUCACUGUCAGUUUCAAGUCACUGAGUAUUUAUGGUUAUUUAUAAGAGCUGAAAUGAUUGACACAUCAUAAUCCUAACUGAUAAUAAGCCUUUACCACCAUCAUUUGUUCAUGACCUCCACUUAUAUGCAAGUGUUUAGCAGGUGACCAACCAACAUGCGGAGCUCCAGCUGGACGUCAGAGCAAGAGUUCAUUCUCGACCUUGAGAUCAGCGUUUGACAAAAUAAUCUCAGCUCAAGAUGCAUUUAUUAGGUUUUUCUGAGUCAUUAAAAUAAGGGCUGCAACUAGCAAUAACUUUGAUUAUUAUUAUUAUUAUUAAACUGCUGAUUAUUUUCCAGAAGAUGUCAGAAAAUAGUAAAAUAAACACCCAUCACGAUGUCCCGGAAACCCCAAUGUGACAUUUUCAUAUUGCUAGUUUUAUUCGACAAACAGCUGAAAACCCUUUAAGUCAAAGAAAAGCAGCAAAUCAUCAUAUUUGAGAAGCUGCAACCAGAGAAUGAUGGGUUAGGUUCACGUUUUCUUCAAGUUUAUCUUAAUACAGAGCACAUAUAUAAAUCUGCGACCGCUGUGAUCCUUCCUUAAAGCAAUCUCAGUCUAAGUGACGGUGAAAUUCACAGUAAAAAUACUUAAAGUUUAGAUGAUCUUAAUGAUAUAUAUUCCUUCUUUUUGGUACCAAAUUCACAUUUUGUGUCACUUAUCUCUCUGCUACAAAGAAAUACUGUCUGUGGAAGCACAAAGACAGAGUUUCAUACUAAAAAUAAAGCUCAUAGAAGAAGAAGAUGAUUUGUUUGUCCAUCACCUGCAUUGAAAGGCAUCUUCAAUUACAGUGAUCAAUAACCCAGUAUGAGUCAGUGUCAUCUUAAGAUAACCUUGAAAAAAUGUGAACCUAUCCUUCCCCUUUUACUAAUUUAUUUUGUUGACUGUUUAUAAGUUAAUUAUGCUUUAACUUUUAUCCAUAUUGAAGCCCACAUUAAUCAUGCAACCCACUCAUCCAAACACCGGUGAUCGUAAAGGUUUAAAUUACAAAUAUAAAUAAAUAAAUAACCAUUUUAUUUUCACAUAGUAUUCUCCACUCAGGUAGUUUACUUAUGUAUGUGUGAAUAUCAUGCUGUGUUCACGUCAUAUAGGAUAUAGGAUAGAUGGUAGAGAUGUUACCUUACAUAUGAAAAUUUAGGUUUAAUGACCUCGAUCAACAGCUGACGUGAGGCGUCCAUAUUUGUCUUUUGGAUUAUUAAGCAGCAAGUCAUAGCUUCAUUAUAAUUUCUCUGUUCAUCAAACUCCAAUAUGACAUGAACGCAGCAUUAAUCUCAAGUUAUUUGCCUUUGUUUUAUUUUGUAAAUCUGUUUGGAAACUUUACCCACUAAAUAUGUUUAUUCGUGUGGUUUUGUUAACGACAUCGCCGUCCUCAAACCCAGAGCCUGUUAGAUACAACAAGUGUUCUUACCUUGACGUCUGAAAUAACCCUCAUCUUCAUCUUCAUCUUCAUGUUCAUUCACUACUUUUUAGGAUCAGAGGAAAUAAUUCUCAAACGGGUCUGUACAUACAAACUUCUGUCUCAUCCUGUGUUUUUUCCUGUCACUCUAUACAUCAUAUUGAAACAAGUUCAUUCUCAUCGUGGAUCAAGCUGUAGUUCGGCAAUCUCCAUCUUUUCUGAAGUGCCUGUCGUCAUCUUCCCAUCUGCUGCUCUGGAAUAGUUUCUGCUGAACAGAUAUGAAAAAAAAAAAAAAGAAAGAAAGAAAAAAAAAAAAGUUGCGCCUCCAGAUUUGUGUAUCAACUUUUUCAUGCAGGGAAGUUUUUCUGAAACGCUUCUUCAUGUUUGCACAGAGUCGAGCCAAGAAGCCGCACGGUGCGACCGCAGCCUGACACUGUCGGCAACACAGAUCCUUUUUUUUUUGUUUGUUUUGUUUUAUCUCACUUUUAAUCACAUUUCUGCCAGGUUUUUUUUUUUUUUUUUGUAAUUUGUUAUAUUGGUUUAUGUCAACCUGCUUCUGUUUCAACUGCAAAUAAAUAAAUACUCAGA